UCAAAGUAAUGAAUCACUGCAGUACAUGUGGUUACUUAUUAUCCAAAUAUUCAACUAGUUAAUCGACUGAUUUUUUUUAUUUCACUCUUUUUAUUCCUAGUUUUUACCAUGAACUGAACAUCUAAUACUUAGAACAGUAUAUUUCGUGGGGUAGUUUUGCUACCAGCUCUCGGCUUGAUCGUUUUUUCUAAUUCAGCUAUAUUUAUAUGUGCAUGUAUCGCCAACAUGGUUCGCAUACAAAUAGAAAGCAAAGGAGAACGUAUGAUGCUAGCAAUAGCAGAAAUCGUACAGGAACUUUCAAAUGCUUAUCGUGAACAUCGAGAUGUUAAUUUAAAUAAAUUAAAAACAAAGAUAUCCUGUAAAUACGGCUUGGAGUCCUCUCCGAAACUUGUUGAUAUUAUAGCAGCAGUACCAGCUGAUUUGAAAAACCAACUGCUUCCUAUACUAAAAGCUAAACCUAUCAGAACAGCAAGUGGGAUUGCUGUUGUUGCUGUAAUGUGUAAACCCCACAGGUGUCCUCAUAUCAAUAUGACUGGUAAUAUUUGUGUUUAUUGUCCUGGUGGACCGGAUUCAGAUUUUGAAUAUUCAACACAGUCGUAUACUGGAUAUGAGCCUACAUCUAUGAGAGCCAUAAGAGCACGAUAUGAUCCAUUUUUACAAACCCGCCAGCGAAUUGAUCAGUUGAAACAAUUAGGUCAUAGUGUGGACAAAAUAGAAUUUAUUGUCAUGGGCGGAACAUUCAUGUCUCUACCUGAUACGUAUCGAGAUUAUUUUAUAAGAAAUCUUCAUGAUGCACUUUCUGGACAUGUGAGCAAUAGUGUUGAUGAAGCAAUAAAAUUUUCUGAAAGGAGUAAAAUAAAAUGCAUUGGAGUAACAAUUGAAACAAGACCAGACUAUUGUCUUAAAAAGCAUCUUUCAGAUAUGUUGAGUUAUGGAUGUACAAGAUUAGAAAUUGGUGUACAAUCAGUAUUUGAAGAUGUUGCACGAGAUACAAAUAGAGGACAUACUGUUCAAGCUGUUUGUGAAACUUUUAAUUUAUCAAAAGAUGCUGGUUUUAAAGUAAUAGCUCAUAUGAUGCCUGAUUUACCAAAUGUUGAUAUUGAGAGAGAUAUUGAACAAUUUAUUGAAUUUUUCGAGAACCCAUCUUUUAGGGCUGAUGGAUUAAAAAUCUAUCCAACUUUGGUCAUUCGUGGAACAGGCUUAUAUGAAUUAUGGAAAACUGGAAGGUACAAGAGUUAUCCAGCUAGUACUUUAGUUGAUUUAAUAGCUAAAAUACUGUCUUUAAUACCACCUUGGACACGAGUUUACCGAGUUCAAAGAGAUAUACCUAUGCCAUUAGUGAGUUCUGGCGUUGAGCAUGGAAAUCUACGUGAAUUAGCUUUAGCACGGAUGAAAGAAUUCAGAAUGACUUGUCGAGAUGUGAGAACACGAGAAGUAGGAAUUCAAGAGAUUCACAACAAAGUUAAACCAUAUGAAGUAGAAUUAAUCAGAAGAGAUUAUGUUGCUAAUGGUGGUUGGGAAACAUUUUUAUCAUAUGAAGAUUCAACUCAAGACAUUUUAGUUGGUUUACUUAGGCUUAGAAAAUGUAGUGAAGAAACUACUUUUCGAAAAGAGUUGAAAGGAAAAUGUUCAGUUGUACGUGAACUUCAUGUUUAUGGUAGUGUUGUACCUGUAAAUGUAAGAGAUCCAACUAAGUUUCAACAUCAAGGCUUUGGAAUGUUAUUAAUGGAAGAAGCUGAACGCAUAGCUCGAGAAGAACAUGGAUCACAAAAAAUUGUUGUCAUUUCUGGUAUUGGCACACGAAACUAUUAUCGUAAAAUUGGUUAUCAUUUAGAAGGACCUUACAUGUCCAAAAUAUUGUGUUAAUCAUCAUUUGAAUAAAUUUUUAAAUUCAUCUAA